AUUAAAUACUAUGAACUCUUGGUGUGCAACUAACGAUGACUGACAGGCAGGAUAUAGGUGAUGCUUCAGCGACUUUUGAGAGAGAGAUGAUCGAGCAUGUGUCAGACCUCCCUUGUUGUCAACUACUCAGAUUUUGUUGAUCAUUGGAGGAGCUAUCCUGUUUAUUGGUAUUUAUUGCUGCCUUGCUAUUUGUGUUUGAGUUAAAGCAAGGAAGAAGAUUUCUGGCACUUCUAAUUUAAAUGUGGGGGAUAAGGUAUCGAAUUUAUUGGGGAAAAAUAAGCAUCUUGUCCCGGAAGGUUUAUUUGGAGACGAUAAAGAGGAGAAGAAAGAUGCGAAUAAGUCAUCCGAGAAAAACGCAGAAAGUCAAAUAAAUCAUGGAUAUUACCAAAAUACCUCACAGAACCCCCCUAUGAUGUAUCACCCUCAUAACUACCAUCAGCCUCAAAAUCCUCCAUCUGACCCAAACAAUGAUCUCAGUCAGACUCAAAGAAUUGCGCUAGGCCAUGAUACCCAAUACUAUCCUCAAAAUACAAAUUAUGCUGGUGACGGACAUUAUCCCUCAGAGCAUGAUCCGGACUCACAUUUACCUAUAACUUCGGUGAACCCCUAACUUAUUCAUAAUGCUGUUCUG